AAUAUCUAUGGUGACAGUGAAGAUGGGGAAGCAUGGCAAUCCAUCAUUCAAAGCUCGUACCGAAACCAGGUUUUACAUGAAGAUCAUCUGCUUCGGACUGAUUCCACAAAUCUAAUUGGCGGUGAACAAAAUCCCCAGAUGAUGAAUCAGACCGCGGCUCAAGCAGAGCCGUUAAGGCAGCGUCAAUCAGCUGAACUGACACCUCCAGAUUCUCAGACCUCAAAGAGAAAAUUUUCUGAAAUUACUGCAGUUGACCCGCGUCCCAGCAAAAAAAGAGAGUACGAUAGAGCAUAUAGGCUGAGAGUCAAGGAACAAAAAACGUCAGUUGAAGCUGAAAAUGCAGUAUUAAAGCAGGAAAUUGAAUCCCUGAAAAAUAAAAUAGCUUCGGUAAGUCAGGAACGUGAUGAGUUCAAAAAGGAAAAUGUAGAAUUGAAGCAGAAGCUGAUCAAGAAAAGUGAAAAAAUUCAACAACUAAAGUCCGAUCUAAAGAAUAAGGAGGUUGAAAAUGGAGAAUUAAAGAACGACUUAAUUAAAUCCCUCAAACAAAGCAAUGCGUUGGUGAUUCAACCCUUUGAAACUCAGUCAAACGAACCGGACCAACGUCGAAGUGAAUACAAUAUAGAAAAACAAUUUAGAAUAGCUGGAAACAGUACCAACUUCACUAGAGAUUUUGGGCAAUACUCCAUUGUGGAAACAGAAGGACGUUCCAUGCACAGCACAGUAGCAAUGUUUAAGGUAAAUAAAUGAGAUCAUAAACUAAAUGUUGGCUGUAAGCAGGUGUAGCACUGGGGUUGUAAAAUAAAAUGUUUGGUCCCUG